AAUGAUCUCAGAUUAUUAGUAUUAUUAUUAUUAUUUCUGUAAUUAAGUAUGUUUAUCGUUUAUAUUAUUCUUUUUUUCUCCUUAAAAUUUAAAAAAUAAGGUUGAUUUGAUUGUUUUAUUAGAGAGAGCUCUUAUUAAGAGCUCGAAAACAAGAGAAACGCAGAGACAGAGAGAGCGAGCUUGGCUUUUGCCAUAAUAAUGGAGCCCGAAUCUGGACUUCGCUCUCCUUCUAAUCCUUCUCAGCUUUCAUGGGUUAAUCUUUCCAGGAAUCUAAUAUUAGCAUACCAAAGCUUCGGUGUAGUAUAUGGAGAUCUUAGUACUUCACCUCUCUACGUUUUUACAAGCACAUUUGCUGGGAAGUUACGUAAUCAUCACAAUGAAGAAGUAAUAUUCGGUGCAUUUUCUUUGAUUUUCUGGACUCUUACUCUGAUACCCUUGACUAAGUAUGUCUUUAUCCUACUCAGCGCAGAUGAUAACGGUGAAGGUGGCACAUUUGCUCUUUAUUCAUUGCUUUGUAGGCAUGCAAAGUUUAGCUUACUUCCCAAUCAACAAGCAGCUGAUGAAGAACUCUCAACUUACAAGUAUGGCCCCUCAGGACAGAGUUCUGGCUCUCAUGCACUGAAAAGAUUUUUGGAAAAGCACAAAAGGCUACGGAUUGCCCUGCUUGUUGUGGUAUUAUUUGGUGCUUGCAUGGUUAUAGGAGAUGGUGUGCUUACUCCAGCAAUAUCAGUUUUAUCAUCAGUGUCGGGAUUAGAAGUUACUGAAACUAAAUUAACAAAAGGUGAACUUGUGUUGCUUGCCUGUGUCAUUCUGGUGGGCUUGUUCGCACUCCAGCAUUGUGGCACUCACAGGGUAGCUUUUAUGUUUGCACCUAUUGUAAUCAUCUGGUUGUUGUCCAUAUUUUCCAUUGGGUUGUACAACAUUUUAUACUGGAACCCAAAGAUUAUUCGUGCAAUUUCUCCCUAUUACAUUAUCAAGUUCUUUGGUGUGACUGGUAAAGAUGGUUGGAUCUCUCUCGGAGGAAUCCUCCUUUCAAUAACUGGGACUGAAGCUAUGUUUGCUGACCUUGGUCAUUUUACGGCUUUAUCUAUUAGGCUGGCAUUUGCAUUUGUUAUAUACCCUUGUCUGGUGGUACAGUAUAUGGGUCAAGCUGCAUUUCUAUCUAGAAACCCCACCUCCAUCAAAAACAGUUUCUAUGACUCAAUUCCUGAACCUGUAUUUUGGCCUGUCUUUAUUAUUGCAACGCUUGCGGCUAUUGUUGGGAGUCAGGCUGUCAUUACUGCCACUUUCUCUAUUGUUAAACAAUGCCAUGCCCUUGGUUGUUUUCCGCGAGUUAAAGUUGUCCAUACCUCAAAACAUAUAUAUGGGCAAAUCUACAUCCCUGAAAUAAAUUGGAUCCUCAUGAUCCUUACUCUAGCAAUAACUCUUGGAUUUCAAGACACAACUCUCAUUGGAAAUGCUUACGGACUUGCGUGUAUGACAGUUAUGUUCAUCACAACAUUUCUCACGUCGCUUGUCAUAAUCUUCGUUUGGCAGAAAACUAUCCUACUGUCUGCUUCCUUCUUGCUAUUUUUCUGGUUCAUUGAGGGUGUCUACCUUUCAGCAGCUCUCAUGAAAGUGCCUCAAGGAGGGUGGGCACCACUCGUGCUCUCAGUCAUUUUUAUGCUCAUCAUGUACAUCUGGCAUUAUGGGACUCGUAAGAAGUACAACUUUGAUCUGCACAACAAAGUAUCAUUGAAAUGGCUUCUGGGCUUGGGACCCAGCCUUGGCAUUGUCCGUGUGCCUGGUAUAGGCCUCAUAUACUCAGAAUUGGCGACUGGAGUACCUGCAAUCUUCUCCCAUUUUGUAACAAACCUUCCUGCAUUUCACAAGGUUCUAGUGUUUGUUUGUGUAAAAUCAGUCCCUGUUCCAUAUGUUUCUCCUGAAGAACGCUUUCUCAUUGGUCGAGUAUGCCCAAGACCAUAUCGCAUGUAUAGGUGCAUAGUGAGAUAUGGGUACAAGGACAUCCAGAAGGAUGAUGGAGAUUUUGAGAACAAGCUCAUACAAAGCAUAGCUGAGUUCAUCCAGAUGGAAGCAGUAGAACCACAAUUUUCUAGUUCUGAGAGUCCGUCACUCGAUGGCAGGAUGGCUGUUAUGAGUACCAGAUCUGUUCAAUCAAGCUUGAGUUUAAUAGUAACUGAAGCAGACAUUAUUAGCAUCGACUCUAUUCAAAGCAGCAAAUCUUUAACCCUCCAGAGUCUGCGAUCUGCUUAUGAUGAUGAUAAUCCGCAAAUUAGGAGGCGCCAAGUGAGAUUUCAGUUGCCGCCAAAUCCUGCUAUGGAUCCUUCAGUUAGAGAAGAGCUGAUGGAUUUGAUCGAGGCAAAGGAAGCAGGUGUUGCUUAUAUAAUGGGACACUCAUAUGUGAAGGCUAGGAGAACGUCCUCAUUUUUGAAGAAGCUUGCUAUUGAUAUGGGAUAUUCAUUUCUUCGGAAGAACUGCAGGGGCCCUGCUGUGGCACUCAACAUUCCUCACAUCAGCCUUAUUGAAGUUGGCAUGAUUUACUAUGUCUAGUCUUUUGGAGGACUCCAUCAUCCAUUGACCUUACGCAUUUGCCAUUUUGAGCAGGCAGGGAAUACUGAGGCAGCUCAUGACAUUGGAGUGUCUAUGGAAGGAUAACAGUUAUGGGUUGGUUAUGUUUUGCGAAGUAGAUUCCCUCUUUUUGUUGCUCUAUUUUCCCAUCUGUAGAUAACAUUCUGCAAUCUGCAGCCAUUACAUGAAUUAUUUAUUUAGGCUUUUCACAUGAAUAGUUAUCAAAAGGUAAAGAAGAAUAAAGAGAAGGAUAGCAUAUGAAAUUGCAGUCCUGAAUUAGUCAUUCUUUACA